AUGAUUGAUCUGCCAUAUCCGUAUAAAGGAGCAUACACAAUUUUGAAGUUAUUUCGAACGGAUGCUGUUGCUGUGCUACAUGCUCCAACUGCAGCCCGACCAUUAGACUGCGAAGGCGGAAAUUUUCUUGGACAUGACAUUAAGGAGACGCUUUUAUCGACACUAAAUAGCAGAAAGUACGAUUGCGGUUUGGAGAGUGAUGCAGGCGGGUUCUUUAAAAGUAAUGAUUCCAGAAACAUGAGCGGUUAUCCUUAUGUUGUGUACGGGUCUGACUGGGAAGCAAGCCACAUCGUUGAUGAGUUUAUUAAAUUUAACGGCAAUCCGACUCAGGUGAGAUUUGCUGUAUCCUCUAACUUGCACGGGUGCGUGCCCAUCGAGUCUUCAUCAACUGCAUUAAGCUUAGCUUGA